UAUUGCGGCGCAUGCCUAUGCAUGAUCAAGUCCCAGCGGACAGGGCUGACUCACUGCAGGAUCCAAACCCAGCGCUUUAAACACCACUUUAAGACAAAUGCUGAAUUGAAUUUAGAACAUUUUCCUGGCACGCGUUAUCUGUUCACUUAACAUAUGGUGACCCAUUUGAGCAUUUAUUCAUCCUGGAUGUUCAACUAAAGGUCCAAAUAUGCCGUUUGUCCUGUUGCACUCAUAGAAUGACUGUCUCCUUAAGUAGUGACUCGUGCUUUCGUCUACUAGGCUACAUGACAUUUCUGCACUUUAGUGAAACAACGUUGGCAUACUGUAGGAAGACUGCGUGUUACUAGUGAGGCAAAACUGCGCAUUGUAUUUGUCAUUUCUAGAAAAGCACUACAUGUUCAAUCACAAUUUUAUAAAUGUCACAAGUGCUACUCGUUGCAUAGUUGUCCACUAGUGCACAGGUUUGCCGCACUAGUAUCAAGUCCAGUCAUCUAGUGAGGGUAUGCAGCUUAAACAGCUAUUUCUUCCUGCAUAUAGCGGCUUUCCGUAAAUCAGUUGAAGCAUUUUCUUCCCCGAUAAACAUCUUUAAGUAGGCCAGAAAUGGCACUAGUAGAGGAAAAUGCAUCACUGUAACGACACAGUCAUUGUACUAGUGCACUGAAAUGUCUUACUCGUGAGGACAAAGAGCACAUUUGACCGGACCUUAAGUUCGUUAUCAAGGCUAUUGAAUCAUUGAUUUUGGUGAACCAGCACAAUAUCUUCAGUUCCAAUACAGGACCUGUAUAAAAUAGUUAGUAGCACCUCAUAGUGCAGUUUAUUGGCUACUACUUUGACCUUCCUGACACACAUUGUUGUCGUUGAAGAGGCGCAGUCAUGGACACAGCUCUGACAAGAUAGUGCAGUUAUACUUAAUGUUGUGACUAUUGUGUGUUUUGACACGUUUAUCUCAAGAAUAUUUCAGAUCUAUUUUAUAACGCCCAUUAUAAAACAUGACUGGAAGACACACGGUUUAAAAAAACAACUUUGGUGAGUCAUUGAACGAUUUUUCAAAGUAAGAACUGUGAAUCGCGUACGACCUCUAGUGGUCAAAUGAAGAAGGAGGCUUGUGCAGCAAAUACACUGUACUGUAGACAUAGUGGCUGUAAAGUUUAUGAGAUUAGAUCCAUAUUGGCCAAACAAUAGGUAGAAAAGUGAAUGAGGUCCAAUGUAAGACCUGUGUGCAAAAUUCUUCCUUUAUAAACAUAAUAAUCCUUCUUUUUGGCUGAUAUGACCAGAGAAGUAUUAAUUUGAGAGUGUAUGUUUAUUGUUGUGAACACAGUAGAGGUGUCAAACAUGAGCAAUAACUUUCCAUAUGUUGGCAAGUGAUUUUCCAAUGUAAUCAGAAAACCUCUUAAUAAUAAUAAUGAAACAUACGUGGCUUUGAUGUUGAAUCCAAUAGCGAUAUAUCGAUGGGCAACAUAAAAGAGAGUCAUCUUUGUGAUGGAAGCCCUUUGACUCCAGUUGCCUUCCUUGUUGACCACAUGUCUCCCUUCAUCAUCUACCAGCAUAACUUGUGGGUUGAAACCCGGCUGACAUUCAAAUGGAUUCCUACCAUGUUUUGGCUCAAGUGGGACAAGGCUCCUUUGGUCGAGUUCAUAAAGGAAUGAAAAAAUUUACAGGCCAAGUGGUGGCUCUGAAGUUCAUGCCAAAGAUGGGACGCUCAAAUAAAGAGCUGCAAAGUUUAAAGAAGGAAAUUGAUAUCAUGAGUAACCUUCGACAUCCUAAUAUUGUGAAACUUUUUGAUAGCUUUGAAACCGAAACGGAGGUUGUUGUUGUGACCGAGUAUGCCGAGGGUCAGUUGUUUCAGAUCAUUGAAUCCGAUGGUAGUUUACCGGAAAGUCAGGUGUGCGAGAUUGCUUGCCAACUGGUGUCCGCGCUGUAUUAUUUGCACUCUCGCCGUAUUCUUCAUCGAGACAUGAAACCACAGAAUAUCCUCUUUGAUAAAAACGGUGUGGUGAAACUGUGCGACUUUGGGUUUGCUCGGGCAAUGAGCGUCUCCACCAUGGUGGUGACUUCUAUCAAGGGAACACCCCUGUAUAUGUCCCCUGAGUUGGUGGCGGAGAAGCCUUAUGACCACACCACUGACCUCUGGGCGCUAGGCUGCAUUCUUUAUGAAAUCCAUACAGGGUUGCCCCCGUUUUGUGCCGAUUCCAUCUUCCACUUGGGGCAGCUGAUCGUUACGGACCCCAUCCAGUGGCCCAACACGAUGAGCAGCACCUGCAAAAGUUUCCUGAAAGGUUUGUUAAUGAAAGACCCUCAGAAGCGGCUGUCAUGGCCCGAACUCCUGCAUCAUCCGUUUGUUGCUGAUGGUGUCGAAGUGAUUCCAGACGAAGAUAUUUUCAGUCCUCUGACAGCCACACUUGACCCAGACAUGCUGGCACGGAAACUGAAACAAAUGGCAGAAAAAACAUCACCAGACUCGGGAGAGAGCAGAAUAUUUCGAAAGAUUCGGGAGCAAAGAAACAAAAGUAACACAAAGAAAGUCAUCGUCAGCGCUAAAGUAAGCCAGGAAAAGAUGGAUGAACUGGAAUCUGAAGGAGAUUGUUUGGUCGCAGUAACGCCGCUUUUGGAUACGUCCCCUCCGGAUGAUUUCGACCCAGCAAAUUCUACCUCACCACCUCCAAGUUUUGAUCAAAACAACCAUACUGAGGCUACAUCAAGCCAUCCAGACAGGGGUCAGAUCAGUCGGGACCAUGAACGGGAGUUCCCCUCGGUCGAGGUUGGGCCACGACUACGGCCAAGGACCCCCAAACGAUCCAAAACAGUUGACAGUGAGGAAUUCUGGGAGAAACUUGUUGUGGAGUCAGAUCCAAGCGCACAAAACCAAGAACCGUUAAACCACAGUACCAUUAUUUUGAAACUGAAAUGCGCCAUUUUAGUGUUUAAGCAACAGCUAAGUGGCGGUGUCAUAAAAGACACGUGGCACAUCGGCCAGCCGCUGAAGGUCCUGCGGAACCUGAUCCUGACCUCUGACCUCGCCGUGAGGAACCACAUCGGCACGGAGCUCGGAUUGCCACGUCUCCUCUUUGACUUGGUUCGCGACUCUGUUGAAAACUUGCGUUUCAUUGAGCAGCCAUGGAGUCUACAAACACUUGGAGAAAUGAUUGCUGCGCUGUUGGUCUACUGGGACAAGAACGAUGAAUGGCUGAGGGAAGAAAAUAGACCUGAAGAGCUCAUCAAGCCCUUCGUGACAAUUCUUCAUCAAGCAAACCUCCGUUCUUUAGCACCUCUGGUGGCCUCUGUUUUGUCCCUUUUCGCUCGGCGUGAAGUUGCUGUCGCCGUCGACACGGACGUGCUCAGUUCCUUACUGAAAGAGCACGCAUCGGGUUCACCUCAGCUCCAACUUCCACUCCCGUCGGGCAGGGGACUCUGCGACGGCCUGCUGUAUUUACUUCUGCACACUCUCUCUGAGCAUGGCUGCGGAUUUUCAUGUUUGGACCCCCAUACAUUCUAUCAUCUUUGGAAACGGACUGGAACCUCAUUAGGAUGGACAACACCAGACAUGGACUUCUGUUCAACAAACGGAUUGUACUUUCUCAUGUCUGCCACCCUGUUAGUCUUCUGCAAUGAUCCAUAUUCAUAUAUUUCACUCUUUUGUGAGAGCAAAUCAACAUUUGUUUAUACCCUUGGCUGGGUACUGAGCCCUGAAUGUCUUCCUUGGUUCGCCGAAGGUAGUCCAGUGAAACUAGAAGGGGAUUUAAAGCAUGAGAGCUUCGUCCAAUUGAGCUGCCACUUCCUUUGCCUUCCAUUUGCUUUGGACCUAACUUCACACAACACUUCUAGGAUAUUGCAGUUGUUUGACAGCUGCGGUGUUGUUGGAGGGCUUUUGCAGGUUAAGGUGAUCCAAACACUUCCUCUUUCAUUAGUCGAGCUGCCACUCUCACUCCUGCGCCGCUUGUUGCUAUGUGACCGCCAGCGCACUGUUUCCCACCUCAGUAAAGCUGUGCAUGGCUUUUUCUCUGCACCGGCACUCACUCCAUCGGGUCAGCAGACCCCGACCAGAACUGCCAGUUCUUUGCUCUCUGAUUUGCUGCAUCUGGAUGAGCUAGGGGACUCCGCCGUAGAACUCCUCUCUCUGUUCUACCUAGUCACCUGUUUUUGCUCUAACUGUGGUCCCCUCCAGCUUUACCUUGAAUCGUCCGCGCUGCACCAGGCGCUCACUCACUCUUAUGAACCGAUCAAGGCCACCGCAUGCAAGGUUUUGGGAAAGUUGCAUCCAUUCAAGUCUCCCAAAAUGCCCAAUUUACAUCCUGACAUAUUUAAAAGCAUGAUCGACCUUCUUGAGGAUUCUAAUGUGUUUGUGCGGCAGGCAGCUUGCUUGUCAGUUGGGAAAUGGUUGGGUUAUAUUGCGGUAGAGGCAGGGUUUCACACAACCGGGUCCAAUGGAAAUGUCGGCAACACGAUGGAGUGGUUAAAAGCCGAGGACAAUAAUGUGCACAAGGGUUCAAGUAGGGAGACGGGCAUUGCCAAGAUGACAGCAGAGCGCAUGUUGGCUAAUGGCGAGAUGAGAAGGUGGCGAGAAGAAGCCAGGAUGACAGGAGUUACAUUGGCAACACUGACCUCUGACCCCGAUCCCCACACUCGUCUCCACGCUUGUGCAGCUCUGGGAAACCUGCUACAUGUUCAAGGCGCCGUACCCGAGCUGCUGGAAGAAAGCGUGUCCAGACUACUACUGAGAGCUGCAUGCACAGAUUCCCACAAGGCAGUGAGAGAAGCCGCUAUUGCAACUUUAAGUUUGUACACGCAGCAGGAUGAAAUGCUACAGGUUCUGCUGUCCCUAAACGCUGAAAAGGAACUACUUCAGGCGUCACAAAAUGCACCUUCUGAGUGUAACUAUCUUCCUCUCAUCAGACAACUAAAAGGCAAUUGAGAGAACUACUGUUAAAUCCAAGAAUGUAUAUACAGUAUUAGAUUGGAGCCGUCUGCAAAACCAUGCCCGCUUUUAACCAAAUGGUAUUGUAAAGAUGUGUGCAAAUAAAACAUGACAUAUUGGCGUGGCUGAA